UUAUCGAAGCCUUUCAAAAAUUAUAACCAAUUCACAAAAUAGAAGAAAAUGGCGAUUUAUCUUACUACUAGUUUGAAAUAAAAAAAGGUUUAAUGAUUUUGGAAAAUGAAGAGCCUGAUAUAUGAUUUAAAUAGAAAAGAUUAUUAUAAGGAGAAAAAGCAGCAGAAGCUAUCAAAGACCGGCGAGGAAUUCGAGAGGUUUCUUUAAAACCUCUCCGUUUAAUCGGCGGCGGCGAUUAUGCGGCGGCCAAAUCGCGUCCGAAUGGGGACAAAGAAACUGAGUUCUUUGAUUCGCAAUGGUCGUAGAAUAAACUGGGUCUCGAGUUCUGGUUGGAAAAUCUCAAUUGGUGUGCUAGGUGCUGUUGGUAUAAUCUUCGCAUCAAGAUUUAGAAAAUAUCUCGACUUCAACAUCUCAUAUCAAGACGCAGCUUCUACUGGUGUUUGGGUUGUCCCCGGAUUGAGAAAUCUCGGGAAUAAUUGUUUCUUGAAUGUUGUUUUGCAGACAUUGUCGAGCUGUGCUAGCUUCCGGAAAUAUCUGUGGGAGAUGAUGGAAGAAUACGGCUCAUUAUCAGCUGAAGAAGUAGAUGAUAAGUGUGGAGAUGAAAAUCUUCCACUUUUUAGUUCAUUAGCUUCACUAGUGGAAGAGUUAUGUAGUGUUCGGCACCAAAGAACUGUGCUCAACCCUCGAAAAUUGAUGGCAGCUAUGGAUCAUUACAUUCCGAAUUUCAAUCUAUCUAGGCAGCAGGAUGCCGAGGAAGCAUUUUCCCAUCUUUUGUCUGCGUUGAGAGAAGAAAUAUCAGAACAUUGUGUCCCCACUACGAGUUCCUUAGCGGAUUUGCCUGCACUGCCUAAUGGUAGGAUUCUUACCGCAAAGAGCAGUGAAGGCGAGAACGACUUGCAAAGAUGGAGCCGCAGUUUUCUCAAGCCCUUUGAUGGAAUUCUUGGCAGCGUCUUACUUUGCCAAAGCUGUUCGUUUCAGAUCUCUCUCGAUUUUCAACAUUUCCAUAGCUUACACCUCUCGCCUCCAGUGAGCAGUGAUGGUACAAUUAUGGCCGGGUGCACCUUGGAGGACUGCCUUAAGCGAUAUUUUGGAGCCGAACAUAUUGAGAAUUAUUGCUGCAGCAACUGUUGGCAUACGGCUGCAAUCGAAUAUGUGUCUAUUUUCAAAGAUAAGGCGGACAUUGAGAAACUACAAAGAUGUAAUAAGGGCGAAUCUUGUCAAUGCCGAACACUCUCUUCCCUCGAAGCAUUUCCUUGGUCGAAUAGGUUCUCUCGUACGCUCAAGCAACUGAGUAUCGCCCAGAGUCCUAAGAUUUUAUGCAUUCAUUUCCAACGAGCUUCAUAUAACGUGCUUGGACAGUCGAUGAAACUUAGGGGCCACGUCUCCUUCCCAUCGAUCCUCGAUCUGUCUUUGUUCACCAACACCGGAAUCGGGAUAAAAACGCCAGUUAGGCCGUCGAGCCAGCAAUUAACAGCCUUCCCUCGUUUCAUGUACCAAACGACGCCACUUGAUCCUGGAACGGGCAUUGCAAUUGAAAAUGGCCCUCGUUUGGAAGCUCUCGAUGCCAGCUUGCCCGGUUCUAGCAACGAGGACGCUACAAUUAGACCGUUGCGGCCUCCAAUGUACCGCCUCGUCUCGGUUGUCGAGCACUUCGGCGGGAGUGGCGGCGGGCACUACACAGUCUACAGAAAUGUGAGAGGCAAGAUAGGUGAUGGAGAUGAUGUUGGCCUGCUGGAAUCUGCAACUCACCAAUGGUUUUGUAUAUCAGAUUCUCAAGUUGAUAGUGUUUUAGAGAGAGAGGUGUUGGAUGCAAAUGCUAGCAUGCUUUUUUAUGAGAAAUUAGAGAAAUCUUGAGGUGCAAUAUUUGUUUUUCCUUUUCAUAGUUGACAGGCAAAGGCUUUACUCCAAUUAAAGUGCCUUGCAAUAAUGACUAAUUGUCAUGGCAUUUGUCCUAAAAUUAUUUCUAUUUUGAUAAAUGGAUCGGAUGAGAAUCCUUUUGGAUUUAUGUCUCUAAUUUAGUAAUUUGAAAUGAUACUGACACAUAUUUUUAUUUA